GACGCCGUCAGGGCCCCAGGGAGCACGGGGCGCCGCGGCUGCCUCUCUCCGUCUCGGUUCGGUCUCUGGGGCUGCGGUGGCAACUGUGGCCGCAGCGGCAGAGCAGCGGGAGUCGGGAGCUGCGCUCUGCCGAGAGUUGGGCAGGGGAACGCCUGCGCCUCCGCGGCGUCAUGGGCCCCAUUCCCGGGCCUCAACGGGCACCAGCCGCGGGAACCCCCGGGCCUCCUCGCGUCCAAGCCUGAGCGACCCCCGGGUUCUCCGGCUCCCCCUCCCUCCGCGCUAUUUUUUUUUUUUCCUGCUCUCGCCGCAGCCACAGCUUCAGCUCUGCGUUAUGGCAACGGAGCCGCCAUCCCCUCUCCGACUCGAGGCUCCUGGCCCCCACGAAAUACGGACCCCACCCGUGAGCGAGCCCCCUCUCGAGGGCUUCCCGAAACCGACAGGCGGCAGGCUCCGCUUCCUCAACGGUUGCGUGCCCCUCUCUCAUCAGGUGGCCGGGCACAUGUACGGAAAGGACAAAGUGGGUAUACUGCAACAUCCAGAUGGCACAGUUUUGAAACAGUUACAGCCACCUCCAAGGGGUCCAAGAGAGCUGGAAUUCUAUAAUAUGGUAAGUGAGGUUUAUGCUGCUGAUUGUACUGAUGGUGUUCUUUUAGAGCUACGAAAAUAUUUGCCAAAAUAUUAUGGCAUCUGGUCACCUCCUGCUGCACCAAAUGAUUUAUACCUAAAACUGGAAGAUGUGACCCAUAAAUUUAAUAAGCCCUGUAUAAUGGAUGUAAAGAUAGGGCGAAAGAGUUAUGAUCCUUUUGCCUCAUCUGAGAAGAUUAAGCAACAGGUCAGCAAGUACCCAUUAAUGGAAGAGAUUGGGUUCUUGGUGCUUGGCAUGAGGGUUUACCAUGUUCAUUCUGACAACUAUGAGACACAAAACCAGCACUAUGGAAGAAGCUUAACGAAAGAAACUCUAAAGGAUGGAGUCUCCAGGUUUUUUCAUAAUGGGUUCUGCUUAAGAAAAGAUGCUGUUGUUGCCAGUAUUCAGAAGAUUCAGAAUAUUCUGCAAUGGUUUGAAAAUCAGAAGCAGCUUAACUUUUAUGCAAGUUCAUUACUAUUUGUUUAUGAAGGUUCAUCUCGGCCAACUACUACAAAAUCAAAUGACAGAACUUUGGUAGAAAAGUUUUUGUCCAAAGGACAAUUGUCAGACACAGAUGUACUAGAGUACAAUAAUAACUUUCAUGUGUUAAAUUCCACAGAGAAUGGAAAAAUAGAUGCUUCAGUAGGCAAAAGCUUGUCCAAGAUGUAUGCUCGUCACAGAAAAAUGUAUUCAAAAAAUCACAGUCAGACUUCAUUGAAAGUUGAAAAUAUAGAACAAGACAAUGGAUGGAAAAGCAUGUCACAGGAACAUUUAAAUGGAAAUGUGCUUUCCCAGCUGGAAAAAGUUUUCUGCCAUCUUCCCACUGGUUGCCAAGAGAUCUCAGAAGCAGAAGUGCGAAUGAUAGAUUUUGCUCAUGUAUUCCCUAGCAACACAGUGGAUGAAGGAUAUGUUUAUGGGCUGAAGCAUUUAAUUACUGUACUGCAAAGUAUUUUAGAAAAUUGAAUCCUUUGCUGUGGUCUUUUUAAGGGAUGGAGCAAUCAUAAUAAAAGCAGCAGUCAAUAUCUCUACACUUGUAAAGCUAUGUAAAAAAUUUAUAUUGUGAGUCUACCUUUUGUCUUUAUACUUUUGGUAGAAGGGUUAUCUUUUCUAUAAUCUUACUCAGGAAAAGUAUCUGUUCAUUAGAAAACUAUGAAGAAUAAACUUAGGAAUGUUAAGCAGGGAAUGUGGUGGUACAUGGCUUAAACAUCUAUUUGGCUCAAGCAAAAUGCAAACCCUUAUUCAGUCAUUAAGAGUUUAUUUAGCUUUCUGUAGCCAAUUUGUCAUGAAAUUUCUGCCCACCCAACCUUGACAAUGAGCCAUAUCUAAACUCAUUAUUAGAACACUUUUAAAAAUCUAGAAAGCACAGGUUGAUGUCCUUAGUAUUGCUAUGAAUGAAGUUAUUAAAACUGGAGAAAAUUCUACUUCAGAAAGUUAAGUACUGUUUAGGUUUUAUAUUAAAAGUUCAGACCAGCAUAUCAAAAGGUGCUUCUUAGUAAAGUGAUUUAGAAUUACUGCAUUCCAAAAGCAGAUUUUCUCUUUAAUUUCUGUUUAUGUGCAUGUUUCAAAACAUUAUGUAAAGAUAAUUGAAAUGAACAACAACAACAACAACAAAAAUCUUGAAAUUAAAGCCACUAAUAAUUAUUCUUGCCGGGGUUAGGAGAAGAGAGAAGUCAUUUGCAAGGAACAAAAUGUAUUUCUUUUAAAAUCUUUCUUUGAGGCAAAAAUUAGAAAAUGUAUUUACUACAUUGUGAAAAAUGUUAUAAAGCAUAUCUUUUCAAAAGGUAGAUGAUUGUCUUUCUCUUAUUUUUCCUCUAAAGAGCUUUUGAGAAUUUUCUCUUUCAAAAUUCAUGUAUUUAUGUGUCCCCAUUUAGUUAAGCAGUAGUAUAUAUUGCCAAAAAGUAUUUCUUAGAAUUCUGAUAAGCAGUGAAGGACAUCACCCAGUAUUGUGUUAUCAAAAGUACCACAGGUAAUUAGUACAUCUCUAUAAGUUUGAUGCAUAUCUAAAUCCAUGCUUCUAUUUCAUUCUUACUCAAAACAGUUUUAUAUCCUAUUCCAGAUAGAAAUUAUAAUUUAAAUUGUGAUGGGUGGGAAAAUAGAUUCUUAAGUAUUAUCUGUGUUUCACAUCUACUACCCUUUAAAAGAUAAGUAGUCAUUUGUUAUUGAAAACAUUUGAAACUUUGAAAUUAAAUUUGCCGAUAUGUUAGAUAUUUAUGAAAGCAUUACUUGCACUUUGACUCACUAAUAACACAUCUAAGUAAUAGUUUUGCUGUAUUCUUGGAAAAUGGUUUAUAUUCGUGAGCUGUUUAACUUUCUCCCCUCUUUUUCCCCUAGAAUUACAAAUUAAACUUUUAAAUCUAAGCUUCAUUUUUUUUAGUGGGAAGUAUCACAAUUUUGUGUUUAUCUCACCUUCCCAGUCUAAAUGUUCUUCACAAAUAUCUGAGCACAAACAGAGGUACCAAAUGCUCUGUGAGUUCUAUGCUUAGUAUUUCUAGUAAGCCUGAAUAACUUAAAAAUUUUACACAUUAUAGUAUAAUUUGUUUUAAAUUUUUUAUUUAGAGUCGGAAUAAGUAUUUUCCAUACAGACUUCAUAUUUUUAUCUACUGCCUCAGUGUGUAUUGGCAGUAGCUCUUUCUGUGUACAGAUGUAUUUCAAGUCCUAAUAGUCAAAAAAUUUUUAUUUUAAUUCUUUUCUCCUACAGCAUAGACUUUUGUUGUUGUUGUUGUUGUUGUUAUUUGGACAGUGGUUCAGUAAGUCUUAAGCUCAGAUAAUUAACAAUUUUGGGUCUUAACAAGGGUUAUUUUGAAAGGGGAUGGUAUCAGAUUAUGUACAAUGAAUUUAAUAAAUUUAAAUAUUACCAGAUCUUUUGCACAUUUUAGCUCAAUAAAUUGUGAAUCAACUGUUCCAGAUUUUCUUUACCCAUAUGUAGAAAUACAAUUUUGUAAAAAUCAGUGUCUUACAUUUUUGAUACAAUAGAUUUUUUU